AUGGCCACUCCUCUCAAUGAUGUUGGUCUCCAUGACUUCCAGAACAUCUUCAGGUUGGACGGGAAAGUAGCCGUGGUGACGGGUGGUUCGAGAGGGUUGGGGCUCAACGUCGCGUCCGGUCUCCUUCAGUCCGGCUGCUCCCAGGUUUUCAUUACCUCGCGCAAGGCAAAGGCAUGCGAAGAAGCUGCCGCGGCGCUGAAUGCACUCCCGAACAAACAUCCAGACGCGAAGGCCAUCGCACUGCCAGCCGAUCUCGCCGAAGUAUCCGAGAUUCAACGCCUCGCUUCUGGCAUCGCUGGUCACACCGACCACGUCGACAUCCUCUUUGCCAACGCGGGAGCGACCUGGGGCGCCCCGUUUGGCAAACAUCCCCCAGAAGCAUUCACCAAGAUUCUCAAUCUGAACGUGAAGAGCAUCUACUACACCGUCCAAGCCCUCCACCCGCUCCUGACAAAGCACUCGACGACAGACUGUCCCAGCAGGAUCAUCAUCAACGCCAGUGCCGCGGGGAUCGGCGUGGGGAGUACUGGCGAGCAUGCUACCCAUGCGUAUUCCGUGUCCAAGGCCGCGGCGAUUCACCUGGCCAAAGUUUUUUCUGUGGAACUCGGCCCUCAGGGGGUUGUAACGAACGCGAUCGCGCCCGGAUUUUACCUCACCAAGAUGGCGGCUGGAUUGAUUAAACUCACCGGUGGGCUCGAGGCUCAAGCCGCGCGGGCGCCGAACAACCGCCUGGGACAACCGGAAGACAUCGCCGGUCUGGUUGUAUUUUUAUCAAGUCGGGCCAGCACGCACAUUAAUGGCGCGGUCAUAUCCACGGACGGGGGUGCUCUGCACGGGAGCUCAAAACUGUGA